AUGAAUAAACACCCGGCGCGCCGCCUCCUCAUCUUCCAGGAGACGCGUAACCCGCACAACGCCGCCGAGCUCGUCUACCUGCCCGUCAACAAACUGGGCCUGCCCAUCUGCGGCGACGGACCCGAGUUGCCGUCGAUUCUGGAGCUGCCGCUGCGCAUUCUGCGGGCGUUUACGGAGAUUUUCAAUCAGCCUAAAUAUAAGGGAUGGGCUAUUCUCUCUGCUGGCCCCUACCGUGAUAUCUCGGAGGAAGGGAAGUUCUUCGCCGUGGUGCUGGAGCAGACGCAGGGUCAGCUAGAGAUUGCUAGCGCAUCAUGA